GUCACUGAUAGGAUAAGGAAUCAAGAGAUAAUAAGAUAGCCCCAAUAAAAAUAAAUCGAACAUGAAGCCAGUUGUUUCUCCAUUUAAAGCUUACUUUUGCACAGUUGUAUCUGCUUUUGGUAUUGUUAUAUUGACAGUAUUGGGUUAUUUGUUCUAUACCGGCCAUGAAUCAAUGAUGGGUUCAACAUCUGAUCCUGAGAAUGGAAAAGAAGUCGCUAAAACAUUAUGGACUACUGCUGUUGUUUACCUUGGAUUUUUACUAUUUUGCGGUUUUCAGAUCGUUGUGAUUAAUAAGAAUAACUCGGUUCAAUUGCACUGAUUUCCAAGUUGUUACAUAUGCAAUUUCAUUAUUAAGCCCUAAUAAACAAUGUUUUGAGCGAUAGAAAGACUCCUCUUUUGAGAAUCGAGCCAUGGCCAAUAUUUCCUUUAUUCGCCAGCCAAUGAAAACACGGCAUAUUUCUAUUUGUCAUCUUUUUCAAACUCGAACGCCAUGUCUGUGGAGCACCUGUUUAGGAUAAUAACCUCAUAUACCAAUACAGUCAAUAUGGUUACAUUUAGAUCGUUUACCGCUAUGUUUUUUUAUUCUAUUACAUGUAAAUGAUCGAUUUCAAAAGUUUGGACAUUGUAAAGUUUGUAGUUUGGACGUAAUUAAUAAUCUGAAAGAAAAAAGAACAUUGGACAAGUAAAUUCCCCGAGUAUUUUCUAGUCAACAACAUUUUUUCUUAAACUCAGCUAAUGAUUAUUAUUAUUAUUAUUGUUAUUCAUUCACUAAGGGGGGGGAUAAAGAAA